GGGGGCGUGGCGUUUGCUGACACAUCUGACGCCUGUAUACAGGGAAGUGAUUGUGCAGAGCGGAGAUCACUGAGCAGAGACAUGGCACCCAAGGAGCUGCUCACCGGGGCACAGGUCAUUGCAGAAGCCUUGGUGGCACAAAAUGUAAAGUACAUGUUUGGUAUUGUCGGCAUUCCUGUCAUUGAAGUUGCAAUUGCUGCUCAGGUUGCUGGGAUCAAGUAUGUGGGGAUGAGAAAUGAGCAAGCCGCUUGCUAUGCCGCCUCAGCUGUGGGGUACCUCACAGGCAGACCUGCUGUGUGCCUUGUAGUGUCUGGGCCAGGACUUAUUCAUGCUCUUAGCGGCAUGGCAAAUUCUAACAUGAACUGCUGGCCAGUCAUUGUCUUGGGAGGGUCUUCUGAUACAAACCAGGAAACCAUGGGUGCUUUCCAAGAAUUUCCUCAGGUUGAAACCUGUAGACUAUAUAGUAAAUUUUCUGCAAGACCUGGCAGCUUGGAAGCUAUACCAUCUGUGGUUGAAAAGGCUGUGAGAACUAGCAUGUACGGCCGACCUGGUGCUUGCUAUAUUGACAUUCCCGGAGAUUUUGUAAACGAAAUGAUUGACAGAAGUGCCCUUAGAUUUCCAGAAUGUUGUUCGCCGCGUCCUAUCAGCUUGGCUGACUCAUCAGAAAUAGAGAAAGCGGUUGCCGAGCUAAAAGGGGCCCAGAACCCCUUGAUAAUAAUUGGGAAAGGUGCUGCAUUCUCACGGGCCGAGGACAGCAUUCGAAGACUAGUAGAUGAAUGUGGUCUGCCUUUCUUGCCCACUCCGAUGGGCAAAGGAGUUGUACCUGACAAUCAUCCACUUUGCGUCUCUGCAGCAAGGUCAAGUGUAUUGCUGAAUGCUGAUGUUAUUCUCCUGCUGGGUGCCAGACUGAACUGGAUGUUGCACUUUGGUCUUUCACCAAGAUUUCGACCAGAUGUAAAGAUUAUUCAGGUUGACAUUUGUGCUGAAGAGCUUGGCAAUAAUGUUAAACCUGUAGCAAGUCUCUUGGGGGAUGUUAAUGCGGUGACUCAACAGAUUCUAGAGGGGCUGCAGAAAAUUUCCUGGAAGUAUCCAAGCAAUACUGAAUGGUGGAACAUCCUCAGGAAGAAGAUAAAGACAAAUGAGGAAAACUCAAAGCAACUGGCAUCAGGGUCAUCUGUCCCAAUGAACUAUUACACUGUGUUUCGCCACGUGAAGGAUGCUGUGCCUAAUGACUGUAUCAUUGUGAGUGAGGGGGCUAAUACAAUGGACAUUGGCCGCACUGUGCUUCAAAACCUUCAUCCACGUCACAGGUUAGAUGCAGGCACUUUUGGCACAAUGGGUGUUGGUCUGGGAUUUGCCAUAGCAGCAGCCAUGGUUGUAAAAGAUGAGGCCCCAGAAAAGCGUGUUGUUUGUGUGGAAGGAGAUAGUGCAUUUGGCUUUUCGGGCAUGGAGGUUGAAACAAUCUGCAGAUACAACCUUCCUAUAGUAAUAAUUGUGGUUAAUAACAAUGGGAUUUAUAGUGGAUUUGAUGAAGACUCUUGGGCCAACAUGUUACAGGCUGGGGAUCCAGCUUCAAUAGCACCUCCUGUUUCUCUGAAGCCAAAUGCUCACUAUGAGCAGGUAAUGAUGGCCUUUGGUGGGAAAGGAUAUUUUGUGAAUACACCUGAAGAACUGCAGCAAGCAUUGAGUUCUAGCUUCUCAGAUAAAAAUGUGCCAUCUCUUAUCAAUGUCAUGAUAGAUCCGCAGUCUGACCGGAAGAAGCAGGAAUUUCCUUGGCUGACCCGUUCCAAUCUGUGAUUGGCUACAUAUUAAGAAAACGUCAUGUGAUCAUCUGUCUGAAUCAGAUUACAAAGCAAUGACAAUAAUUCAAACUGAAUGUAUGAACACUUGUGUCAACUACAUUUCUGUAAUGUACAGAAUAAAACUUAAAAUAUUUUAUGUAAUUCUUAAUUUCUGAAGAGGAAACUUACUGUAUGAUUUGCUUUAUAAUGGCUUCACUUAUAUGUAGCACAAGUACUAAUGGAGCAUAAUAAAGUAAUUGUUUAACAGCAGUGUAUGUAUUAAAACAAUAUUUCAAUUUGAAUAUAUAUAUAUAUAUAUAUAUAUAUAUAUAUAUAUAUAUACAUAAAACUCAAUGGGCAGCUGCAGCGUCCUAUAUCUACUGUCUUACUGGAUCAGGGAACAGUUUUUCUUAUGGAGCAAUAGUGAUAUGGCAUGAAGAGUGUUCAGUUCUACACCACUUUUGCUAAUAGGUGUGGAUUAAAUAUCAGGCAUAUUUGGAUACCAAUAGUAAUAGGUUUAUUACACACUGAAAUAUUUGGCUUAACUAAGAUGCUUUUUGAUCCCUGGGAUUAUUGUAAUCUGGAAUCCACAUAUCCUGUGGAGUUUACCUGUACACCUUAUUGAGGUAAAUAGCAUCUAUCUGACUUAUAUGGUGACAUUUUCAUCAGCUCAUGAAGAAUAUCUUGUAGAAUAGCUUGUAUUAAUCGACUGCCAUUUGGAGGACUUACAGCCAGAAAAGACGCUUCAAGCAAUCUAUAUUGGCCUUUGACAUAUGGCAUGCUAAGUGUCAGACGCAAUAUUUUUCCUUGCUGUAACUGUCCAUAUAUGUGUAUUCUUUGUCUGCAUUUUUGUUGGCUUGUGUUAUAUGCUUACACUCUGCUCCAUAUAUAUGUGUAUUUUCUCUUUGGAGAUAUAUGUACAUUGUACACUGUAUUUUUGAUCCCCCUGAUGAACCAUUGUAUACUAGAAGAUACACGGUGAAACGCGUAGGGACAUACAGAUGUUCAUCAUUGGGAAAAUAUGUUUUUGGGAAAUUUUAUAUUUCUGAUUCAUGGGGUAAUAGGAUUUUUCUACUUUAAUAAAUAGUUACAUUAGCUUCAUGUGGUGGUUGAUUUUUGGUUUGAUAGUUAAUUUAACCCUUAACUACCCCCAUUUGUGAGGGUAAUUUUUUUGGUUUUUUUUUUAAGUCCCAUGCAAAUCUACAGGAAAUGUAUGUUCCCACAUAACUUCUGUACGGCUGGAGAUAUUUUAAUAAUACCUGAUACACAUAUUACUUAUAUGUCAAAUAAAAAUAUAUGAUAGUUAAAUUAACCCUUACCUACAACCUUAUAUAAAAGAUGGGUUUUUGUACUUCCAGUACCUUACUCCACAAGCUCCACUUUGCCUCUCCUGGUGAAUGUGUCAAGCCACACCCCAUCUCACAAAGACAUGCCCACUGGUUAAGCCCCACCCCUUUUGUUAUCUACCCUUUUCGUGCAUCGGUCUGGCUUGCAAAUCACGCCCAGUCCCACAAAGCCACGUCCCCUUUUAUUUUCAGCUUACAAUAUCUUCAUCGCAAAUCAGUCCAACCUGAGGACAGGAAAUAAGGAUGGGACAUAAGGGCAGGAUAUGAGGACAGCAUGUGGGGACGGGAUAUGAGGAUAGGAUAUGACAACAAUAUAUGGGGUUGGGAUAUGAAGUCAAAAGCUUCUUCCUUUUGUUGAUUUUCCUCCCCCAACAAGGAUUAGGAAGGAAAAACCGGGCAAUGCUGGGUACUCAGCUAGUACUUUAUAUGGACCAAGACAGACACUAAUAAAAUCUUUAGAUAUGUUUAAAGCCAUACUGCAUCUUCUAGUCUACGUUGAUAUUAGUUCCUUACACAAACACCAAAACGUUAGCAACAUAACAACUGAUGGAAAAAGACACAUGGCAUGUCUUCCUUGCACCUUCAGUGUAGCACUUGGACCAAUAGCUGUAAGUCCCUGUCAGAGAAUGAGUCCCACUCGACAAGCAGGACAGCCAUGUUCUCCAGGUUUCUGCAGCACAGGAGUGUUCACCUGUGACUAGAAAUAACAUCCUCUGUUCUGGGUGCCAUCAGAGGGAUAUGAACCAAUCAGGUAUCGGUUACAGAAUCCAGGAUAGAGGCUUCUAGUAUCUGUGUAUCUUGAAUACCCCAUGGUGCAGGAACACUGCUUGAUGGGUUCCAGCACCACAGUUCAGACUUACAUUCUCUGGUGUGAAUGCCAUCUGUGGGACCUGAAUGGCACCUGGACCAGAGCUGGUUAAUAAAUACAGGUAGUAAAAUACAAAAAAAAAUAUUGUAAAUGAAUAAAAAUGAUAAAAUAAUGGAUAACUAAGAAAAAAAAACUACUUGUUCUCUAAACCAAUAGGAAUCUUUAAACAUCAAGGUACUUGCCUAAAAUAUUGUCAAUAACCACCAUAAGAAAAAAAAUGUGCUGUAAUAAGUUUUAAUUGAAAAAGGUAAAUUAUUAGAGGGCUGGUUUGCUGUCUCCUCUACCAGUAAACCAGUAAAUAAAAAAAAGUGCUGCCUUUGAUGCCACCAUAUUAUGGUAUAAAAAUUGAUAAAUGUAACCUAUUUCCAUUCUGUGGGUGCCUCCUAUGUGAUGAUCUGAAAAAUGACAAUACUAUCCUAGGCUGCUGCUCAAAUAAAAAUGAUCAUGAUGCUGUUUGAAUUGGUACAGUUUAAUGUAUUAACAGUUGGGAAAAUGCCUAAAUAUGUUUAAAAAAUGAAUAAAUAAAACAUCUACAUCUA